AUGAUGGCACUACCAACGGAAGGAACCAAGGAAAAACCACCACUGCAUGUGUAUCCAGAAGCGAAGAUUGGGACUCGGUUUUACUCCCAUCUUGGUAUUCAGUCUACGCGGUACAAUGGCGUGUGUGCCCUUACUGGUUCUAUGGUUUUAAUGGCUUCCGGAAGAUUUAUUAUGUUUGUGGAUGUAAGUACAGGCAAAAUAGAAUCCAUGCCUGGACCUAUAGAUGGUGGAGUUGGUGCUAUUGCAGUUCACCCAUCACGAAAAUAUUUUGUGGUUUGUGAGAAGAGACCACAAAAUCCCCUUAUUCGAGCAUACAGUUGGCCAUCACGAGUUGAAAUGGGAGAGUUUGUUGGUGGAGCGACAAAAGGAUUUAGUGCCUGCUGCUUUAACGCUGAUGGAACAAUGAUGGCAACUGUUGGAAUGUACCCGGACUUCUCACUUGCGGUGUGGGAUUGGAAAACGCGUGGGAUGAUUCUUCGCAAUAAGUGUCACAGUGCAGAUGUUUAUUCCGUCGCAUUCAGUCAAUUUGAUAGUGGCGUUCUCGUCACUGGUGGAGCGGGACACAUUAAGUUUUGGUCAAUGGCAAAAACGUUUACAGGAUUAAAACUUCAAGGACUUCUCGGUAAGUUUGGACGACUAGAUAUCAGUAAUGUACCCGGUUUUGCUGUAUUGCCCGAUGGUAAAGUACUUUCGGGAACAGAAGAUGGUCUUAUUCUAAUUUGGGAAGGAGAUCUUGUGCGCUGCUGUUUCGCAAGUGAUGUUGUGAAGGAAAUAGAAGGAGAUGAAGAGGAAGCCGCUGGAUUGGCUUUACAAAGUUAUGCUUAUAUCCCUUGUCAUGCAGGCCCUAUAAACGUUGUACAACUUUUGGGAAAUGGAAGUGUAUUACUGACAGCCGGAGAUGAUGGAUGUAUGCGUUACUGGCGUGUUAGUGAAUUAGAAAGAGCUGAGGGAGAAGGUAUACCACCAUUGUAUGCUCCUGUUUGUUUGUGUGAAGUACUUGUGGAUGAAAAUGCACGUAUUCGUGCCGUUACCCAUUCUCGCGAUACAAAUGAAUGGGUUGUAUUAGAUAGCACAGGAAGUUUAUGGCAUUUACCAUUCUUACAUCCAGAUGAAAUACUUUCAGGUUUACCAAAACAAAUGAAUGAACCUGCAGUGGCAGCUUUACGUUUUAAUGGUGGAGCUAUCACGAGUGCGGCCUUAUCUCCAUGUGAUCAUACUAUUGUGACUGGAGGUGAGGAUGGUUCUAUUCGUCUCAUUGAUUACGUGACACCACGUGAGGUGUAUUGUUUACAACCACCAGAUCCCAACACUGUGGUGGGUCUCCGUUUCUUUCAAAGUGAUAAGACGGGAAUGAAAUUUGUGGCUUGUUGUGAUGAUGGUACUGUACGAUUACUACAGCGGGGAAAAUCAGGAUUCGCAUUGCUUGGUCAAUGGCGUCCACAUAAUGCAGGUCUUAAAACGUUUGCAGUGGAUAAAGAAGAACGUCGUCUCUGUACUCUUUCAGAAUCCGGUGCCUUAUUCUUUUUUAACAUUGAACCAGAAUUAAAUUCACUCAUUCCUAUCGGUUAUUGUCAACUUCCAGUACCGAAUCCUCUUUGUGUAGCCUGGGAUGAUGCGACAUCAACUUGUUUGGUGGGUCAUGAAUCUGGUAAAAUUCUUGCUGUACGUGCAGCCACUAUGAAAGAUGUAGAUCAAAGUAUUUCUUUUGAGUUUCCAUGCACUUACGCUCUUGUUGGUAUUCGACAACGUAAAGUGGCAGAGAAAAGGCCUAUAAACCUUGUUCCUGGAGAAAGAGAAGAAGAUGUCAUGGAAGAGGAAGAAGAAGAAGACCUUGGACCUUGGCCUGUGCGAGUUAUUUGUCCAUUACCAGAUGGUUCUUUUGCUAUUGGAGCAGGUGGUGUGGAGCUUUUAUAUGAAUAUAAUACAAAUAUUCGUUAUGAUGGUCUAACAGAACUUCCACCACUCCCUCCUACAGGCAUUGAACCACCGGAUUAUGUAGAGGAACCAAUAAUAAAUUUAUGCUACCGUGAUCUUAUCCCAUUAGAUGCCUCUCUUAGUGUUUCUAAGCAUUCUUUGGUCGUUAUAUGUGAAGGAGCCCAAAUGUUUAUUCGAACUCUUGAUGACUCCUAUCAAUGGAAACAAAAUUGUAUUUUGGUGAGUUCUGCACAUGAUCGAUUGGAUGGUCAUAUUGCUGCUGCUUGUACUUCCUUUGAUGAUACUAUGUUGGUUUCUGCAGGUUCAGAUGGUCUUGUUGUGGCACAAUUACUAGAUGGUUGUAAUGCACCCGCACGACCACAAAUUGAUUCUAUGUAUCCAUCUCUACAUGCAGAGGAAGUUGUGGUACCAGAACCUAUUCCACUAUCUAUUAGUGAACAAAAAGAGGAAGAUGAUCGUCGUCGUGCAGAAGAAGCAAAACAAUGUGAACUUGAAGCCUUUCUUGAUAAGUUGCAUGUUGUACAUGCAAAAUAUGCGGAGUUACUUAAAGAGAAUAGUGAAAUUCCAAAAGAUUUGCAACUUUCAGAAAAUGAAAUGAUUCUACAUCCACAGAUCAUAAAAGAUUUAGAAGAGGAAAAGGCAAAACGUGUUCGUGACUCUCGUAUGGAUACAGCUCUUGAACUGGCACGAGAAGAUGUACGAACAACUAAAAUGCGUAAACGAUUUAUUGAUAAUCUAAUUUAUGAUAGAUUUCUUGUUUAUAGCUUUUCUCAAGAGUUUGCAGUAGCAUCAUUUCGAACUCCAGAUCCUACUGAAGCGAUUGAACGUUUUGAAGCGAAGAUAACAGAACUUUUAGAGUCAGAUAAAGAUGAUGGAGUAGGACUUGAAAAUUCAUUCGCUAAUAACGAUAACAAAAGCAAACAUGUUGAGGUAAAUGAAGAUUCUUUGUGUAAUCUAGCGUUAUCUACAGCUGCCGCUAUAACAGAAUGGUUACUUCUUGAAGAACAGAAACAACAACAAGAACGUCAAAAACACAACAGAGGAGAUGGAGAAGUAUUAACAUCAACUAUGCGUCAACAUCUUGAUAAAUUGGAUGAUCGUCGUGAAGAACGUCGUCGUAGAAAGAAGGGACAUGAAAUUCUUCUUUCACAUAAACCUGAUCCUGAGAAAGAGUCAGAACGAUUAGAUGAAGAAUUGAAAUUUGAGAUUGCUCGACGUGGUGACUUUGUACUUCGUACAGAUCCUUUAUAUCACUUGGUUCCAUCUGCAGUGGCGAAAUUGCGUCAAUUAAUUAAACUUGAGAGAGUUUUAGUAGAUUUGCGUAGCUCUUUUACAAAAAAACUUUUAUUGAUGAGGGAUGAAAAGGCAAAACUUUGUGCAUCUCUUAAUAUCUUUUUGGCUCGUAUACGUGCUAUUAAUGAAAAAUUAAAAGAUGAUACUAUUCCAGCUGCUGAUAUUACAUUACAAGAUAUUGAGUUACCAGAGAAACGUUUCACUGUUGACCGUGACGGUCUUGAUGCAUUUGCGAAGCAAAGACAAUUAGAGAAGGAACGUGAAGAAAUGGCGAAAAAGGCUCAACGUGGUUUUGGUGCUGAUCUUGCCGCCGGUGAUACUACCAGUGUUACUACUGCUCAAACCAAUGUUAAUAGUGGAGUAAGUGGAGCCUCCCCCAAUCCUGCAGGCAGAGCUUCAUUGCAUAGUGAAAUAAUAGAUAAUGAUAGUGCCAGUACGAAACGCACUAGUACUCGAAUAUCAGUUGGUGAAGGUCGUCCUAGUACGUCUCGUCGCUCAAAAAAUCUUCGAUUCUCAUCAGCAGCACCAAAGGCUUCACGUUCGCAGAGUACAGCUUUCCUCGCAGCAGCUGCUGUCCGUGAACGGAUGGAUUACGAUUUACGUGUGAAACUUGAGAAUGUAAAACCAACAGAAGCAGAGGAGGAAGAACAGAAUAUGGAGAGAGAAUUGUUGAUUGCGGAACGACGUCAAUUAUUAUGCCGUGUGAAUGCUAUAAUGAAAGAGUUUGAUGAACGUUUAUGGGAGAUGUAUGAAGAACGUGCGAAGGUAGAUGCAGAUUUAUGUUUGGCACACACUCGCUCUCUAUUACUAUUUCAUGAAUACCAAAUUCUAUUAGUGUUUAGACAAAAAGAUCGUGAACUACAGAGGCAGUAUGAAGAAGCUAAAUGCUCUCGUAACAAAAGGAAAAAGGAAAUGGAAGAGUUACAGAAAGGAGUACAACAACAAAUAAAAGAGAUUGAAAAACUACAAGAUACUAGUAAAGCUUUUCGCCAUGAGGUGGAAUACUUUAUUGAGUCAAAUUUUCCUCCAGAGCAUAUACCUUAUAUUACAAAAGUUUUCCUUCGACAGAUUAAACGACGAAAACAUCUUGGUGAUAUUUCUGCAGAUGAUGAUGAUAUCACAAGUGAUGAUGAUGAUGAAGAAAUAAAUGAGGAUGACUUGUGGGAGGAGGUAUGUCCACCUCAUUGUUCAGAAGAACGUUGGCGUGAAGUCUUAGCUAAGCGAGAGAUACGACUGGACUACGCCGAUUCCAUUGCUGAGGCACGACGAAAACAAGAACAAAUGCAGCGAAGCAUAGAUGAACAUGUGGUAUUGGCAGAACAACAUGAUGCUGUUCUUACUUCGUGCCUUAAAGCGAUUGAAGACUUUCAAAAUGAGAAACGAAAACAACUUAACAUGUUAGGGACGCUCGUUAUGCUUCGUUGUAGCCAAGUAAAGUGCCUUGGAGAAGAUGAAAAAUGCCCUGAAACGUUUUGUCGCGAUGAUCUUGUGGUUGUGUCAGAUAAUGUUGUGUCUGGUUUACAUCGCCGCAUUGAAACCAUGGCUGAGGAGAAGCGUGAGCGUCGUUUAACUCUAAAGAACAUGGCGAGUGAUCUUCAACGAUUGCAGCGCGAGCGUGCGGCGAAGGAGGCACUCCACGCGCAGUGGGAAGAAAAGAUAUAUGAGGCGAUGCUGCUGAAGUUUGGCCAAGUGGUGAAUCUCGAGCUGCUGGAGUCCACGAGUGGCUGCCGGGCGGUGGAGGAGAUGAAAGAACGGCUGCGCGCGGAGGAACUCGCGUGGGAACGGGCCCUCCGCAGCCGCGAACGCACCAUCGCCCGCCUGCGGGAGCGGCUGCAGGACUCGCUGCUCCGCAACACACAUCUCCUCCACGAUCUCGGCGACCAGGCAAGCGACAAACACGCCGUCGACGGCGCCCUCGUGCGGGCCACGCAGAAUGUUGUGGGGAGAAUGUACGACGGCGCGCAGGUCGCCACGGAGGAGGACCGCAGAAAUCUCAGACUACUCAUCGCCGCACAGCAGGAGGAGAUUGACGCACUGAUGGCGGAGAUCUCAAUGCUCCGUAGCAAGGGUGGACACGUCUACGCACCAACGACAACCAUUUCCAUAUGA